AAUUGUGGGUAAUUCAUGGCUGCCAAACAAACGUUUUUUUUAUUUUGUUUUCGAAAAUUCAACAUAGUACUGUAGUUAUUCAAAUGAUAAAAGAAUCGACAUUACAGAACUAUUCUGUACCAUUAGUUAGCUGUCUGGUUACAAGAAAGCUCCAAAGAAGUUGUUUAUUUUCUUCAGUUUCCAGGAUUGUUUAUACAUAGAACUAUAGAAGGGCAAAAAAUGAGUACUUUACCCAGCCAGCCUGGGGCCCCGAAGCGGAAGGAGAUAUAUAAAUACGAGGCGCCAUGGUGUGUAUACAGCAUGAACUGGAGUAUCCGUCCAGACAAACGCUUCAGACUGGCAUUAGGCAGCUUUGUUGAGGAAUAUAAUAAUAAGGUACAAUUGUUCCUUGAUGAGGCCCCUCGAAUUCCAUAAAAAGGGAACUUUGACCAUCCAUACCCCACCACAAAGAUCAUGUGGAUUCCAGACACAAGUAUUUUUCCUGACCUUUUGGCAACAAGUGGUGAUUUUUACAGUAUGGAGAGUUGGUGAUAAGAAAAAAGACCCCGAAUGUUUUUCUUAAUAAAUAAUAACAAGAAUUCAGAUUUCUGUGCUCCUCUGACAUCAUUUGAUUGGAAUGAGGUGGAUCCCAACUUGUUGGGGACAUCAAGUAUUGAUACUACAUGUACUAUCUGGGGACUUGAGACUGGACAAGUGUUAGGGCGUGUAAAUGUUGUCUCUGGUCACGUGAAAACCCAGCUGAUAGCACAUGAUAAAGAAGUAUAUGAUAUUGCAUUUAGCCGAGCUGGCGGUGGACGAGAUAUGUUUGCUAGUGUUGGUGCUGAUGGAUCAGUAAGAAUGUUUGACCUUCGACAUCUGGAACACUCAACAAUUAUAUACGAGGAUCCUCAGCAUCAUCCCUUGUUAAGGCUUGGGUGGAAUAAACAAGAUCCCAAUUACCUGGCCACCAUGGCCAUGGAUGCCUUGGAGGUCAUUAUAUUAGAUGUGAGAGUACCAUGUACACCAGUUGCCAGACUGAACAACCAUAGAGCUUGUGUAAAUGGAAUAGCAUGGGCACCACAUUCCAGUUGCCAUAUUUGUACUGCAGGUGAUGAUCACCAAGCACUGAUCUGGGACAUACAGCAGAUGCCAAGAGCUAUCGAGGAUCCGAUACUCGCCUAUACUGCUGCUGGUGAAAUCAACCAAAUACAAUGGUCAUCUACACAACCAGAUUGGAUUGCAAUCUGUUACAAUAACUGUCUCGAAAUAUUGCGUGUAUGACUGUGAAUUUGACAGCUUUUAUCGUUGUAAAGAGAUAUUUUAAGGUGUGAAAGCUACCCUUUGGGAAUCCAUUGAAAGUGUUACAAUGGAGGACAGGGCCAGUUCUUGCUGAAAAACCUGCCAAUACUAUUACAUUUAUGGUGACUGGAUAUGGAAUACACACUGUUGAGGAAAUCCAGUAGCUGGUUAAAGCGAAACUUAACCUCAUGUAGAUUUCCAGCAGUGUACAUCCCAUAGCUUGUCAACAACAAAUCACUUAACAAUUUCAUGUUAUUUACAACCCUUUACUACAGUUUUUCUGUAGUUCAACUAUACCAGAGGUGCAGCAACCUUUUUGUUUGAAUCAAAACCUACAUGGGAUGUUUACAAACACCAUAGGGAAUAUAUAGGGUCUGCAUGUGACCCACACAAUCUUGACCAACAGAAAUGCUGAAAAGUUGUUGGAAGCAAGAUAAAUAUCCAUAAAGUGGAUGAUUCAUGUAACUGAUUUCAUAUAAAUUAAAGCGGUUUUACAUUCAGCCCUCAGAUGAGAAGGGGCUAUUUCUGUCACAACAGUUAAGUGCUGAGGGGUUUGUAUAUUUGAUUUUAUAUGUACAAGCAUUAAUUUCGCCACUACUCCUUGUAAGCAAACUCAGGAUACCUUAUUCAUUUCUGAGUGUAGGUCUAAGAUUUGUGUUCAGGUACUUACAUCAGUCACUUUGUUAUACUUCUUAUCAUUAUAUUAUCUUUCUGAAAUAUAUUCAGAAAUGCU